AUGAUUACACUUAAGCCGGCAUUCGAGGACAAAUGCGAGAAAACAAGCUUGCAAGAGACCAUUAAUGGCCUCGUCUUCUACGGUCGGUACGUGGACGAUAUCUUCUGCCUGGCGGAUGGUACCACCGAUACCGAGGAGCUUGUCCAAAAGUUCAACAGUGCGCACCCCUCGCUAAAGUUCACUGCAGAGACCGAGGCAGAUAACGAACUUGCCUUUCUCGAUGUCCUUCUGCACAGGCAAGAGGAUGGGUCUAUCCAGCGCAGGAUGUUCCGAAAGAAAACCUGGACGGGACAAUACGUUACUGUCCACAGUUUUGUUUCCCUAAACAUCAAACGGAAUUUAGUCCAGGGAUUGGCGGCUAGGGUGAGACGAAUCUGCUCACCUGAAGCUAUUGAAGAAGAACUUCAACAGCUGCGAAACACUCUUCGGGAGAACGGAUACCCAGAUAGAUUUAUCCUCCGAAAUAUUGGGGAACGCGCCGAAAAGCCCUCUGUUGCGACUGCGGAAAAAAAAGAUGUAUUCAUAAGAUUGCCUUUUGCAGGAGACGCAGAGAGCGAACUAGUCCGACGGCGCUUAACUACAGCUAUCACGAGGGCAUUCCCUGCGGCGAAUUUACGCGUAUGCUUCACAAACUCUCCCCUCCUACGUUUGGGAGGUAAAGACAGACUGCCGCUGGAGGCCACAUCAAUGUGCAUUUAUUCAUUCACUUGCUCCUGUGGAGCAGGAUACAUCGGCCGCACAACGAGACGCCUGGUAAAGAGGGUGCGUGAACAUAUGCCCGCCUGUCUAGACAGAGGUGAGACCCGGUCGAUUUCGAGUUCUAUUCUCGCGCAUUUAAUCGAUACGAACCACCGAGUCGAUGCCAAGAAAGCAUUUCAAGUUGUCUACCGGACACCAACAUGCUUCUCUAAGGGCCUACGCCAACUGAUACUAGCAACGGCCGAGGCAGUAGCUAUACGGUUAGGGAAUCCGGUGUUAUGCUGUCAGAAAACUCUGAUACAAGCGCUUUCGCUGCCGUGGCCAAUGCCAACCCUUAGUGAUGAAGCCAUGCCGCCUCAAAUCCCUAAUCACGAUGAUGGGUACUCCGUGAACUCAACCCAAGAACAUCACUCAAAGACUCUCUUACCCCCCUCCCCUAGCUCUGACGACAAACACCCGCCGACCUUCUCAUGCGGGCGGCGUGGGGAUGAUGAGUGUUAG